AUGUCAAAAAACACUACAGACAACUCAACUAUCACUCAACCAGCUGUUCUAGGUGUGUUCCUGGGAGGCAUUUCACUGAUCACUAUUGUCAUGAAUAUAUUAGUACUAUGUGCUGUGAAAACUGAAAAGAAGCUGCAAACUGUUGGUAAUUUAUACAUUGUCAGCCUCUCUAUUGCAGAUCUGAUCGUUGGUUCAGCUGUUAUGCCCUUGAACAUUGUUUAUCUCCUGAAUUCUCAGUGGAUUCUAGGCUUACCAGCCUGUUUGUUCUGGCUGUCAAUGGAUUAUGUGGCCAGUACUGCAUCCAUUUUCAAUCUCUUCAUAUUGUGCAUUGAUCGUUAUCGUUCAGUUCAGCAACCACUGAAAUAUCUCAAGUAUAGAACAAAAACAAGAGCCUUGGUAAUGAUUUUGGGGGUUUGGUUGCUCUCUUUCAUGUGGAUCAUUCCAAUCCUAGGAUGGCAUGUUUUUGCUAAUAACGGGAAAAGGAAAGUAACUGAAACCAAGUGUGAUACUGAAUUCUCUGAAGUCACCUGGUUUAAAGUGCUGACAGCCAUUGUGAACUUCUACAUACCCUCUAUCAUGAUGUUGUGGUUCUACUAUAAAAUAUUCAGAGCUGUUAGAAAACACUGUCAACACCGAGAGCUCAUCGAUGGAUCACAUCAGCCUUUCUCAGAAAAAAAUUCCAUACACCAUAGUAAGACAAAGGACAAGCAAAAUAUUUGCCUCCAUAAUCAAAUCUUGGAUGAGAAUAGCCCUCCCAAAGACAAACAAAGCUCUCCUCAUCCCAAAAAUAUGGAGGCAGAGCUUCAGUUUAGUAAUCCUGACAAGUCUUCAAAGGCAUUUGUUAGCAAGAGUAAUAAGAAAGUCCUUAAAUGGGGCUGUUUCCCUCUCACCACUAUCCAGUCUGAGUCAGGUCAGGAUAAAGCAGGAAAGAAGCAUGUGUGUGUAACAGAAGAGAACGAAACUGAAGAGGAGCUUUGCUCACAAGACAGUGACUUAAGUGAUGCAUCAGACAGCCAGAGUUUCAGUGACAAUGUACCUAAUGGAGACCACGCCAAUCCUAACCCUGGAAGAGCUGGCAGUCCUCAGGAAAAGAUUGAGAACAGGGAUUUCAAAGGACUGGCUUACCUGAGAAAAGCCUGGCAAAGUCUGCAUGCCCAUUCCAAAAGGCACAUUCAAGGACUGCAUGUGAACAGGGAGAGGAAAGCAGCUAAGCAGUUAGGCGUCAUAAUGGCAGCCUUUAUGCUGUGCUGGAUUCCCUAUUUUGUGUUGUUUAUGGUAAUAGCUUUCCAGGGGCGUGAAAGAUUCGCACAGUUACACAUGUUCACUAUGUGGCUUGGCUAUGUGAACUCCACCUUGAAUCCAUUCCUGUAUCCUCUUUGUAACCAGAAUUUUAAGAAGACAUUCAAAAAGAUCCUUCACAUUCACUGA